AUGUCAACUCACCAUCCAAGUUUUGGAAGGUCAUCGGGGUUAGGAAAUGUUUUUAAAUCAAUAUCCAAAUCUUUGAAAUCUACAUCUAAUAAGAAUGUAGCGAUACUGAUAAACCCAACAAUUAUAGGAGGUGGAAGUGAUCAACAGAAGUUGUUAAGUCAAUUGCAAAAUGGGCCAUUGCCUCGUAGAGCUUCAGCUGCAUCAAAGGUUACUGAAUCAUUAAGAACUUACGCUAUUUCAUCAAUACCAGAAAUUUGGUAUUUAGCGAGAGAUAUGUGUGAUUCAAGAAUUCAGUCCUAUAUUAGACGGUCCGCUCUUGAUUUGCUAAUUGAAUGCAUCAAGCAAGACGACACGGCAUCUGUUAGCAUUAGAUUAAUGUAUUUUAAAGACAUUGCGUCAUUUUGUCAGUUAAAUGAAAAUAAGAUAGACCCUGAUUUGGAUCUAUUCUUGAAAGCUCUCAAGGUGUUGACGAAUGACGGACGAGACAUCCAUGAUUUUUGUAUCUACGACAAGGAAAAUAAUCUUAAUCGGUUUAUUGAACAAUGCUUAUUUGUAUUGGGAAAGUCUGCCAAGUAUUAUACCGAUAGAGACGACGAAGAAACGUUAUCGGAUAAUAAUGCAUUUCAAAAUUUGCUAGAGAUAAUACAAUUGACUAAGAAUUGCCUCAGGUUUAGUUUCAGCUAUAUUGAUGAAUCUUCAGUUACGUCAAUAUUAUUUCAAAUUAUAUCUAUAGCAUCAAGAACAAGUAACCCUCAAAUAAUAAUAGAAUGUUUAGAAUUACUUCAAUCGGUUGCUGUGUUUGGUAUUAUCCCACAGAAAUGUUAUCAUGAUACUAUUGAAUUUGUCUGCUCUAUCUACGGUUUAAAUGAUGACUUCACUAGGCUAACUUGGGAUUUGAUUAACAAUUUGUGUAUGGAACAAAAUUUGCAGAUUGUCAUAUCAAAUCUCUGUGAUAUUGCUCUGAAUAAUGAGGUACAGCAUUAUAAAUCAAUGGAGUCUAUCAACUACUCGAAUAUAUUGUCUUCAGUACGGUCAAAUGUCACAAUUAACUCUCAUAGCAGUACCAAGGAUUUAAGUAGGUCACUAGUUACAUGCUUGGGUUCAAUUCAAUUAUUGGAAAGAAUUAUUGUAAUUAGUUGUUUGGAAAACAGAUCAGUAAUAGAUGGUUCAUACAUCUUAAUGUUCAAAACUGCACAAAAAGCAAUUUCUUAUAACAUUCCUAUUAUAAAUACAGCUUAUUUAAGAUCUUUUGAUAGAUUAUUUUCAGGACAGAUUGACGAAGAAUUUGGCGCCAAGAUUCUGUUUGAUAAAUUAUUACCAUUUCAGUUAUGGUAUUCGAAUGCGUUCUCAUUAUAUGACGUUUUAGCGUGUUUUAAGAUAAACUCAGAACAAGACCUUAAUUACUUGAAAUCGAUAUGCUUUUCUUUACAAGAAUUGUAUGAGAGCCAUGAGUUACAUUCUCCAAAAGAGAAGUUGGUCAAUUUCUUCAUGAGCCAUCACCAAUACCUAUCUGCAAGCAAUAUUAAAUUUGUUUUAACAUAUUAUUCGGAAGAAAAAAUGUGCUCUCUUUUAAAUCCAUUGUGGAAGGAGAAUUGUGUUAGACUUUUGGAUUAUUUUUAUUAUCCACCGACUAUUAAGACAGGUUCUACUUCUACGAAAUUUAGUAGUGAACAUAUGGAUGGUGAACAAAUGUUGGAUAUUAGACUUGAGACUUUGAAAGUUGUAAAAGAGGGCCACGAUAUAUCUAUGUCUAUAUUUGAUGAAAGUGUCGUUAAUUAUGAAAUAAUUUUUGAUAUAUUUAAAAAAUCUGUCAUUGAACAAGACGAGAGAAUUACCAGAUAUUUAGCUGAUAACUUUCUUACUGAUAUUGCAUUAAGAUCACUGUUGUCAUUUUUCAAUGAGCUAUCUAAGGUAUUUAUGCCAGGGUUUCAGGUGAAAACUAAUUUAGAGAGGCGUAGAAGCUUAGUAUCCAUGAGUUCUCUAGGAUCAACUUCUCAGGCAAGUGGUGCAUACGAACAGUAUAGCAAUUUUUCAUCGUCGUUUUUGCAAACUGUAACAGAAUCUAUUAUACGUGUUUUUUUGAUUUCAUCGACUGAAGAUGGAGCGAAGGCACAAGAAGUUUUUCGUUUGAUAAUAAUAAUAUGUCAAUAUGCAUUAGCAGUCGAAGAUGCAGACUUGCUAUUGAUUUUAUGUAAGUGUUUGGUAAGAUUAAGAGUUACUAGCGAGAGAUUAAUAUUCUUUAGUAAGCCCAUGGAUAUGGAUGGGUUGGCGACAACUUUUGGCAGAAAUACUCAGGACAUAGAUUUCAAUAAGGAAAUUAUUUUCCAAUGGGCAUAUCCAGAAACGCUUGAUUACUUACCGGAGAAAUAUUUUAACCAACCAUCUAAGAGCUUGAAAUUGUUCAACCCUAACGGCAUUAGGAUGAUAUUUGCUGAUGAUGAGUAUAGUAUUGAUAUAUCUAAAUGGUUCGCAAUAGUUUUAGAAAUCAUGUCAAAAUUUAUAAAUUGGGAAGUAUAUUCCUAUGUUUGGGCACAUUUCUGUUCCCAAUUAGCAAAUAUGACGUUAUUCUUGAAUAAUUCCGAAGAGAUUGUUAAAUUGAAGACCAUUGUUUGUGAUCAGCUCAUGCUUAAUUUGCCUAAGAGUUUAUCGUUUCCUGAACAUCUAACAAAAGCAAAUCUACAAGUCGCAUUUGUGAGAACAUUGUCAGCAUUACUUGGUUAUCAUGACUUUUUUUCGAAGUACGAUGAGGAUCAAAUAAUCAAGGCAUUACUAUUUGGGUUGAGUUCGUGGGAGAAAACAGCUAUUCCUUGUAUUAAUAUAUUAACUGUAUGUUGCUAUGCAAUUCCAUUGUCUAUUAAAAAAUCGUUACCAGCAAUUUUAUCUAAGUUGCAAACAAGGGUCACUAGUGCAUUUGCUAGUUCACAUACAUUAGAGUUUUUGAUGUCGUUAAUUAAUUUACCAACGCUAACUUCCAGUUUUACUAUUGAUGAAUACAAGAGGGUCUUUGCUAUUGCAUUCAAAUACAUUGAAUAUGCUAACGAUAUAAAAGAACGUAAGACGACUGAUGAAUUCCAAGAAGACAUUCUCCAAGCUCAUGGGAUUGAUGCAGAAGUCGAGCAAACGCCAACAACUCAAGCGACAAAGAUUACACCUAUACUAUCAGAAUAUUUAUCUACGGUAUCUUAUAAUGUUAUUUCAAGCUGGUUCUUGAAAAUGGAUCUUAGCGAGAGGAAACAGGUAUCAUCAUUUUUAAUUAAAAAUUUAAUUUUGUUGAGUAAUGAUGGAAGACUGUUGAAUGAUCAAACCCUAGCAUAUUUAGAUUUGAUUGCACGAUUCACUUAUGCGGAUGUGCCAUUGAAGAUAAUGAACCCGUCAAGAGUAAACGAGGCAUUAAUAAAAAAUCUACAAAGUUCUGGCCACGAAAACUAUAUGAGUACAAAUAGAUGGAUUUUGGGUUGUAGCAUUAUUAGCAUCGAUACGAAUAUGAUUACGGGCGAAUCAUUAUUCACAUUUAGGCGACCCACAGGUGUUUCCCUAUUUCGUGUUGAAUUAGACCCAUCGAUGAUUCCGGAGUGGAUGCCAACCUCAAAGUCAAGUUCGACUAACGGACCUGAUUUAAAACCGCUUUUCAAUUCAAAUCAUAUGCUUUUACAAAUUUUUAGCAGUUUGGACACAGAAAGUAAAUUUAAACCGUUACCUUUGAUUGAAGAACCAGUAACAUUAAGAGCAAUAUCCGCAUUUGAUCGAAUCCCAGUUAUAGAAUACCAUAAGGUUGGUUUAAUAUAUAUCGGGCCUAAUCAAUCAGAGGAGAUCGAGAUAUUAGGCAAUAAAGUCGGAUCGCAUGACUAUCAGUAUUUAUUAGAUAAUUUAGGGGGAUUGAUUAAGUUGAAGGGUUGUAAGGAUAUCUACCUAGGGGGCCUAGAUAACGAGAAUAAUACGGAUGGAGAAUACGCAUUAUUCUGGAACGACAAAACUACACAGCUUAUCUUCCAUACUGCAACCAUGAUGCCUCAAAAUGAUAAUGACAAGUACUUUGAUUUCAAAAAGAGGCACAUCGGAAAUAAUUAUGUUAACAUAUUCUUUGAUGACUCAGGACUACCAUUUAAUUUCAAUGUGAUCAAGUCUCAAUUCAAUUUUUUAAACAUUGUCAUUUCUUCCCAUACACCAUCGUCGUCGUUGAUAGCAGUAAAAGGAAACCCCAGUAAUGUCGAAUCCAACUCAUCGACCCCUCAAAUUCAAGAAGGGUCUGUAAAUAGCUAUAUUGGAUCCAAUUAUCAAAAAUACUUUAAAAUCAAGACCUACAGAAGGUCAGGCGUUCCCGGAGUCUUUGCAACUUGUCACUUCAAAAUUAUUUCCGAAGACCAGCUUCCGAUUUUCAUCCGAAAUUUGGCCAUAUCAGCAGACUUAUUUGCAUCCGUCUGGCAUUCAAGUGUAACGGGCUCCUAUACAUCUAACUGGGCACACAGAGCGAGACAGAUUAUCACUUUACGUGAAAAGACUAUCCAAAAUCACCAAGAUCUAAGAGAAGAGCAGGAUAAAAAUGCGAGUACGAAUGCAAAUUCGACUGCUAACAUGAACACCACUCAGGCGUUCUUACAACAAUUACAAUUUGAUUCAUUAAGUUCCAAUACUAGGGAUUAUAAGAACCAAAGUGGAGAUACGUACGAAUAUUUAUCGAACAACGAUAAUGAGUUAUUUUCUGCUUUGGAAUUCAAUUCAUACACCUGA